CCCACAUCGGAUUCACAGUUCCUCACCAACGUUGCUCUCAGCUGAGUUUCAGGGAAACAAAAAGGAAGCAUCAUUUUCUUAAUCCAAGAAAAAAUAUCCCUUUUCGUUUUAAUCUUUGUCGUAGCUAAUCCAUCUUCGUUCGUGUGAGAGAAAAAUGGCUAAGAAUGUAGGAAUUCUUGCUAUGGAUAUUUACUUCCCUCCUACCUUUGUUCAACAGGAAACCUUGGAGGCUCAUGAUGGCGUGAGCAAAGGAAAAUACACCAUUGGACUUGGACAAGAUUGUUUGGCCUUCUGUACUGAGGUCGAAGAUGUGAUCUCAAUGAGUUUGACAGUUGUUACUUCACUCCUUGAGAAGUAUAAGAUUGACCCUAAACAAAUUGGCCGUCUUGAAGUUGGCAGCGAGACCGUGAUAGACAAGAGCAAGUCCAUUAAGACUUUCCUAAUGCAAAUUUUUGAGAAAUGUGGAAACACUGACAUUGAAGGGGUCGAUUCAACUAAUGCAUGUUAUGGAGGGACUGCAGCUCUGUUCAACUGUGUCAAUUGGGUGGAAAGUAGUUCAUGGGAUGGACGAUAUGGCAUUGUUGUUUGUACUGACAGUGCGGUCUAUGCUGAAGGACCUGCCCGGCCUACUGGAGGAGCAGCUGCAAUUGCUAUGCUAAUUGGGCCUGAUGCUCCUAUUGCUUUUGAAAGCAAAUUUAGGGGGAGUCACAUGUCCCAUGCCUACGACUUUUACAAGCCCAACCUUGCUAGUGAAUAUCCGGUUGUUGAUGGAAAACUCUCUCAAACGUGCUAUCUCAUGGCUCUUGAUACUUGCUAUAAAUACUUCUGUCACAAGUACGAGAAACAAGAGGGCAAGCAAUUUUCCCUUUCCGAUGCUGACUACUUUGUAUUUCAUUCUCCAUAUAAUAAGCUUGUGCAAAAAAGCUUUGCUCGUUUGGUGUUCAAUGACUUUGUGAGGAAUGCCAGUUCUGUUGAUGACAUUGCUAAAGAAAAGUUGGCUCCAUUUUCAACUUUGACCGGUGAUGAAAGCUACCAAAGCAGGGAUCUUGAGAAGGCAUCCCAACAAGUUUCAAAGCCCCUUUACGAUGCCAAGGUGCAACCAACCACCUUGAUACCAAAGCAAGUUGGCAACAUGUACACAGCAUCUCUGUACGCUGCGUUUGCAUCUCUUCUUCACAGCAAAAACAGUGAACUGGCAGGAAAGCGGGUAAUAUUAUUCUCAUACGGAAGUGGACUGACUGCCACAAUGUUUUCAUUGCGACUCCAUGAAGGUCAACAUCCUUUUAGCCUAUCGAACAUUGCGACGGUGAUGAAUAUUGCUGGAAAAUUGAAGUCUAGGCAUGAGUUUGCCCCUGAGAAGUUCGUCGAGACUAUGCACCUCAUGGAGCAUAGGUAUGGAGCUAAAGACUUUGUGACUAGCAAAGACUGUAGCCUUUUGUCUCCCGGAACAUACUACCUCACCGAAGUCGAUUCUAAGUACCGGAGAUUCUAUGCAAAGAAGGACGGGAACUGUACUGGUAAUGAGAAUGGUUCUGUUGUCAAUGGUCACUGAAGAAGAACAGAUUUACCAAGAACUGGGUUCCCAUUUGUAAGUUGAAAACGACAUAGUUCCAAAUAGCAGCAAAUCCCUUUUUCAACCCUAUUGUCAUUUUUCAAUCUUGUUUGUAAUAAGUUAAUUGUAAACCCAGUUUUACCUAUGUUGAAACAAAUAGUUGGCAAUAGAUUGGUGAAUUUACAUGAGA